UUCACGUGCCUGGCUUAUGUAAUUCAAGUUCAGGCUACCGCGCGCUUCCUCAGGCUCAAUAUCAUAACCAGUAACUUCAACUUCAUGGCUGGACGCGCUGCCAUCUUGGCUCUAUUCCCUGUAGUCGGCGUGCUGGGAUACUCGGACACAGUUCCAGUUGUAGCAUGGUCAUCUAAAAGCUCGUCCGUGUUAAACAGUCUAUCUCCAGACUUACGGUACGAAGAUUCUGUGAGCAUAGUUGGCGGAAUUCUGUCGCCAAAAGAUAUUUGCUCCUUCGAUACUGUUCUAGUAAUAGACCAGCCAGGUCUCCGUAGUUCUGACCUUCGAGGAUUACCCACUACUUCUGGACUCUCUUCCAUUUUGAAUUCUGCGCCCUCAUCAAGACAGUAUCCACAUGUGAAACGUAGCGCCUCUUCUUCCUUCCAGGACAUCGCAGAGUCUCUGGCAAGGCGCUGUGGCUCGACUUUGGCCAAUGUUAGUCCAGCAGAUGGUCCUUUAGACCUGGCCGAAAGCUCCAAACACAUCGUAUGCGUCAAUAUGCCAGCAAUGGAGGGUAGCCCGAAAUUCCGAAAGGCGGCCAUGUUGGGUUAUGAUCAAUACCUUUCUAGCGAAAUCGAGAAGAUCGACGCAGCUUUCACGAGCCACCUGGUUUUGUACACUGGAUCACCACUUGAACAGCACCGCCGUCAGUUACUUCCCCCUUCUGAAUUCGACUCAACGUUCGCCCCUCCUGAUAACUCCACUCUUUCUGACGGUGGUAUUUUUAAGAGAUACCAAUUAUUCUCCACACCACUUCUUGUCGCUUUGCUCGUCGUUUUCUUCGUCAUCGUGCCCAUUAUCAUGUUGGCUGUUUCAGCUCUUGCCAGCCUUCAGUCAUCUGUGCGCUUGGAUGCACCAAAGGGGUACCAUGCUCAGGAAAGGAAGACUCAGUAGAUCAGCGCCUAUUCCAUAACAUUUGUACAUU